AUGCUGCCCGUAUCCCCGGAGGUGAAGACCAACCCAGUGCAGAAGGCGAACUUCUGCUCGCGCCUGUUUGUCUGGUGGCUAAACCCCUUGUUUAAAAUUGGUCACAAACGGAAAUUAGAACCAGAUGACAUGUACUCGGUGCUUCCGGAAGAUCGCUCCCAGUGCCUUGGAGAAGAGCUACAAGGGUAUUGGGAUCAGGAAGUUAAGAGAGCCCAGAAAGAUGCACAGGAGCCUUCCUUAAUGAAAGCAAUCAUAAAGUGUUACUGGAAAUCCUAUUUAAUUUGGGGAAUGUUUACAUUUCUUGAGGAAGGCACCAGAGUAGUUCAACCCAUAUUUUUGGGGAAAAUGAUUAGUUACAUUGAAAACUAUGACCCCAGUGAUUCUGCUGCUUUGUACAAAGCCUAUGGCUACGCGGCAGGGCUGAGCGCCUGCGUGCUCGUGUGGGCCGUUCUGCACCACUUGUACUUCUAUCAUAUUCAGCGUGUGGGGAUGAGGCUGAGAAUAGCCGUGUGUCAUAUGAUCUACCGCAAGGCACUUUACCUAAGUAGCUCGGCCAUGGGGAAGACCACAACAGGCCAGAUAGUCAACCUGCUGUCCAACGAUGUGAGCAGGUUUGAUCAGGUAACAAUGUUCUUGCACUAUCUGUGGGUGGGGCCACUGCAGGCUAUCGCAGUGACCGCCCUGCUCUGGAUGGAAAUAGGAAUAUCGUGUCUUGCUGGGAUGGUGGUUCUCAUUAUUCUUCUGCUUUUGCAAAGCUGCUUCAGGAAGUUGUUUUCAUCACUCUGGAGUAAGACCGCUGUUCUCACAGAUAACAGGAUCAAGACCAUGAGUGAAGCCAUAACUGGCAUCAGAACAAUAAAAAUGAAUGCUUGGGAAAAGUCAUUUAUAGACCUUAUUACCAGAUUGAGAAGGAAGGAAAUUUCCAACAUUCUGAGAAGUUCCUACCUUAGGGGCAUGAAUUUGGCCUCAUUUUUUGCUGUGAGCAAAAUCAUGAUUUUUGUCACCUUCAUCAGCAAUGAGCUCCUUGACAACCUGAUCACAGGCAGCCAAGUGUUCAUGGUGGUGAUGCUGUUCGAAGCUCUGCGGUUUUCGAGCACCCUCUACUUCCCCAUGGCCAUCGAGAAGGUGUCAGAGGCCAUCAUCAGCAUCCAAAGAAUCAAGAACUUUCUGUCACUUGAUGAGAUGUCACAGUGUUACCCUCAGCUGCCAUCAGAUGGUGAAAUGAUAGUGGAUGUGCAAGAUUUAACAGGUUUUUGGGAAAAGGCAUCAGAGACCCCAACCCUACGAGGCCUUUCCUUUACUGUCAGACCUGGUGAACUGUUAGCUGUGGCCGGACCUGUGGGAGCAGGAAAGUCGUCACUGUUAUGUGCUCUGCUGGGGGAGCUGCCCUUGAGUCAGGGGAAGGUCAGCGUGCACGGGAGGAUCGCAUAUGUUUCUCAGCAGCCCUGGGUGUUCUCAGGAACUGUGAGGAGUAACAUUUUAUUUGGGAAGAAAUAUGAAAAGGAACGAUAUGAAGAAGUAAUAAAGGCUUGUGCUUUGGAAGAGGAUUUACAGCUUUUGAAGGAAGGAGAUCUAACUGAGAUAGGAGACAGAGGAAUCCCGCUAAGUGAAGGACAGAAAGCCCGGGUCAGCCUCGCCAGAGCCGUGUAUCAGGAUGCAGACAUCUACCUCUUGGAUGAUCCACUCAGCGCAGUGGAUGCAGGAGUCAGCAGGCACUUGUUCCAACAGUGUAUUCAUCAGGUCUUGAAGGAGAAGAUCACAAUCUUAGUGACUCAUCAGUUGCAGUACCUAGAAGAUGCAAGUCAGAUUCUGAUAUUGAAAGAUGGCAAAACAGUGAAAAGGGGAACUUACGCUGAGUUCCUGAAAUCCAGGGUAGAUAUUUUUUCCCUUUUUGAGAAGGGGAAUAUGCAAUCUGAAACAUCUCCAGUUCCAGGAACUGCCACUGUGAUCUCUGAGUCUUUGGGUCAGUCUCUACAGUCUCCUAGAACCUCGUUGAAAGAUGCGGCUCCAGAAGACCAAGAUACUGAGAACAUACAGGUUACAGUUCCUCUAGAGGACCAACUGAAAGGAAAAGUAGAUUUUAAGACCUAUGCAAAUUACUUCACAGCUGGUGCUCACUGGCCUGUCAUCAUCUUCCUUAUUCUAGUAAACAUCGCAGCUCAGGUCGCCUACGCCCUGCAGGACUGGUGGCUUGCAGACUGGGCAAAAAUACAAAGUGGCCUGUAUUUUGGGACAUAUUUAAAAGAAGCUGAAGAUGUAAUGUUUGUGCUGAACUGGUUCUUAAGAGUUUUUUCAGGGUUAACUGUAUCUACCAUCCUUUUUGGCAUCAUAAGGUCUCUGUUGAUGUUCUACGUCCUUGCUAACUCUUCACAAACUUUGCACAACAAAAUGUUGGAGAGCAUUUUGAGAGCUCCAGUAUUGUUCUUCAAUAGAAAUCCAAUAGGAAGAAUUUUAAAUCGUUUCUCCAAAGACAUUGUGUAUAUGGAUGACUUGCUGCCCCAGAUAUUUCAAGAUUUCAUCCAGAUGUUUUUACUUGUGAUUGGCGUGGUAGGUGUGAUGGUGGCUGUGAUUCCUUGGAUUGCUAUACUUGUGAUUCCCCUUGGAAUCAUUUCCUUUGUUCUCCGGUGGUAUUUCUUAAGGACGUCACGAGAUGUGAAAUGCCUGGAAUCUACAACUCGGAGCCCGGUGUUUUCCCACUUAGCAUCUUCUCUCCAGGGACUCGGGACCAUCCGGGCGUACAAAGCUGAACACAAGUUUCAGAAACUGUUCAAUGCACACCAGGAUUUGCACUCAGAGGCUUGGUUCUUGCUUUUGACGACGUCCCGAUGGCUUGCUGUGUAUCUGGAUGUCAUCUGUGCCAUCUUUGUCACCAUUGUUGCCUUUGGGGCCCUGAUUCUGGCAGAUGCUUUGAAUCCUGCAGAGGUUGGCCUGGUCCUGUCUCUCACCCCCACACUUAUGGGGAUGUUCCAGUGGUGUGUCAGACAAAGUGCUGAAGUUGAGAAUGUGAUGAUUUCAGUAGAAAGGGGGAUUGAAUAUACAGACCUUGAGAAAGAAGCACCCUGGGAACUUGAGCAUCGUCUACCACCAUCCUGGCCUGAUGAAGGAUGGAUUUACUUUAGCAAUGUUAACUUCAGGUACAUCUUGGACGGGCCUCUGGUAUUGAAGAACCUGGAUGACACAUUCAUUAAUCCAAGAGAAAAGCAUGGCAUUGUGGGAAGAACAGGAGCUGGAAAAAGUUCCCUCAUCGCUGCUCUUCUUAGACUGUCAGAACCUGAAGGUUCCAUUUUGAUUGAUGGACUCUGGACAGACAACAUUGGACUUCAUGAUUUAAGGAAGAAAAUGUCAAUUGCACCUCAGGAACCUGUUUUAUUCACUGGAACAAUGAGGGACAAUCUGGAUCUUUUAAAUGAACAUACAGAUGAGGAACUGUGGAAUGCCUUAGAAGAGGUGCAACUUAAAGACAACAUCGAACAUCUUCCUGGUAAAAUGAAUACUGAAUUAGCAGAAUCUGGGUUGAACUUGAGUGUUGGACAGAGACAACUGCUGUGCCUUGCUAGGACUAUUCUCAGGAAAAAUCGGAUAUUGAUUAUUGACAAAGCCACAUCAAAUGUGGAUCCAAGAACUGAUGAGUUAAUACAAAAAAAAAUCCGUGAGAAAUUUGCUCACUGCACUGUGCUAACCAUCACACACAGGUUGAGCAAUGUCAUCGACUGUCAACGGGUAUCGGUUUUGGAUUCAGGGAGAUGGAAAGAAACUGGUCAGCCAAAUGAUUUGCUGCAGAAUAGAAACAGUCUAUUUUACAAAAUGGUGCAACAACUGGGCAAGGAGGAAGUAGCUGUCCUCACUGAAAGGGCAAAAUAG